GCCCGCGGUUAUCGCGCGGGAUCUGCGCGGCCGCCUCGCCCCUGCGCGGCGGGGGUUGCGGCGACUCCUGGCGAGAGCGCACCGGCGGGGGGAGCGGGGCCGCCGCGGCUGGGGUGGAACCGGGCAGGGCUGGGCCGGGUUUUUUUCUUGCCUUAGGAGCGGCACAUGUAAACUGAAGCCAAAAGUCCCCCCUGAGCUCAUGAGCAUGUGUGUGUGUGUGUGUGCGUGUGCGUGUGCGUGCGCGGGCUGCUGUGUGCCUAAUAGGAAAUAGUAAAAGCAGUGAGGCAGGUCAUUUUGGGAGCGAUUAUAUUCCAGUCCUGGUCACCACAUACACGGAGAGCAGGAGCGGGGAGCGCACGGUCGAGCGGCGGCGGCGGCAUGAGCGCGGCGUAGAGGCACCGGCGGCGGCGGCGGCGGCGGCGGGAGCAGCCCCCCGUGCCCGCGCCCGCGCCCCCGCCCGCCGCUGCCCCCUCCCCGAUGAGCUCCUACUUUGUCAACCCGCUGUACUCCAAGUACAAGGCGGCGGCGGCGGCGGCCGCAGCGGCGGCGGCGGCGGCGGCGGCGGGGGAGCCCAUCAAUCCCCCCUACUACGACUGUCACUUCGCGCCAGAGGUGAGCGGCCGCCACGCCGCCGCCGCCGCCGCCGCCGCCGCCGCUGCCCUGCUCUACGGGAACGGCGCGGCCGCCGCCGGCUUCCCGCACCCCGCGCCCGGCGGGGCGGGGGGCGGCGGCGGAGCGGCCCCGGACUUUUACCAGCCGGCCGGGGGGAGCCCCACGGCCGCCUACCAGCCGCCUCCGCCUCCCCCCGCCGCGCCUCCGCCUCCUGCCCCCUGCAGCGGGGUUACCUGUCACGGGGAGCCCGCUAAAUUUUACGGAUACGAUAACUUACAGAGACAGCAGAUUUUUACGACACAGCAAGAGGCCGAGCUGGUACAAUAUCCUGACUGUAAAUCGUCCAGUGCUAAUAUUGGCGAGGAACCAGACCACUUAAAUCAGAGCUCGUCUCCUGCUCAAAUGUUUCCCUGGAUGAGACCACAAGCAGCGCCGGGUAGGAGGAGAGGAAGACAAACAUACAGUCGAUUCCAGACUCUAGAGCUGGAAAAGGAGUUCCUCUUUAACCCCUAUCUGACCAGGAAGAGGAGGAUCGAGGUGUCCCACGCACUAGGACUCACCGAGAGGCAGGUAAAGAUCUGGUUUCAGAACAGGAGGAUGAAAUGGAAAAAAGAGAACAACAAGGACAAAUUCCCCGCUUCCAGACAGGAGGGAAAGGAAGGGGAGGCCAAAAAGGAAGCACAUGAUCUGGAAGAAGACAGAGAUGAAGGCCAGACGAAUUAAAUUUUGCCCUAAAAGCCUUUGAGAAAGGCUAUCAAAAAUAACCGGCGCCGUAGCCCGACAUCUCGGCCCGUCUCCCCCUGUACGUGGUCCUGUCGUGAGACAAGUGACCCCGUGUCCCUCCGCUUGACAUUUCUUUGCUUCGGGUGCUUCAGUUGUUUGUGGUUUUGUUUUGUUUUGUUUUGUUUUGUUUUGUUUUUUAACUGUAUCCGGAACAAUCUCUAGAUUUAACAGUACAUCUACUUCUUUUGGAAAUUUGAUACAGAGUUUGUAGCAAUACAUUUCUAAUGAUAUAUAUAUAUAAAAAUAUAUAUUUUUUUGCAAUCUUAAAAGAUGGUGAUUGCGGGAAACGACAUAAACUUCCUAAUAACAAAUACCAAUAAGCAAGACAUUUAACAACGCUUUAUUAAUCAAGACAAGUGCACUUGUACUAUUUUAAUUCUUGUUCUAAUCUUAUGUUGAGUAAAUUAAAUAAAUCUAAUAAAUUUGAAGAAAAGACCUUAGAAG